AUGGCUUUUGUACUGCAGGAAAAAGAAAACGUCGUUCAACUUGAGACUUUCAUCCGCUUGCAUUGUCCAUCUCCGAACUGCGAAAAAUUUUAUAAAACCAAAAAAAGUUUAAACGAGCACUUUCGGCUGUAUCCGACACAUAAACCGGAGUCUCUAAAAAAUUCACACAAGCGAAUUUCAACAAAGGAGAUAAGCGAGACGUUUUUAAGCGAAGAACAGCCUUAUUCGAGGAGACAAAGAGUUCGUGAGCUGAUGUCACAUUUGACUGAUGAAGAAAUUUCAGAAUUCGCUCUUCCCAGAGUCACCAAAGUUGUGCCGCCUGUUGACUUUUUUUUACAAGGAAGCUCCUCGUCUGGGGAUGUAUUUCAGAAGUUGGUGACUUUUAGAGAGCAAAUUUGUCUCCGUUUUCCGGAACUUGUAACUUUCUUUUACUCGAAAACAUCCUUACCUUUUACCUUGCAAAGCCCGAAGCAGAAAUUUAUUGACUUUGUUCUCGACAACAAAAGUAAUUGUUGUGAAUGGUUGUUGGAGCAAGACAAUGGAUCCCUUUUGCGAGGAUUCCUCAUGCCAUUGGUUUUUAAAACCUAUUAUCCUGCCUUCAAAGAUUUUUCUUGUGGUAUUGUUGGCGAAUUUGGCAUUAGCCAAAAAGACACCCAGGACGUCUUGAGAAACAAGUUGGGGAAAAAGCUGGAAAAAGUCCUGGGAAUCAACCCUAUUCUCAGCAAGGAUGAAAUUUUCGGUAAACUCAAUGAUACACGUCAAGAAUUACUUGAAAAGGUUGGGCUAAAAUUUAACGAAUUUGGCGAGGUAGUUGUGGGUUAUGUUGAUGUUGAAAAAUACAUAACACUUUUUCUUAGUCAAGCAGGCGUGCAAAGUGCUAUAACAGCACCAAAUGACACUAUUAUUAUUAUGGAUUACACUGAUGGUUUUCCCUGGCUGAAAUGGUCUCGCCAUUUUACUGGAGAGACCAGUGUCCGAGUGAAGAUUAUUGAGCCUUAUAAUUUACUGAGCACAGUGUUGACGGUUGCUUUGUGGUUGGGAGGUGAUGAUUAUGACACAGUGAAAAAAUGUGCAGGGGCAGUUUUUGAUCAGCUGAAAGAACUGAAAACAAUUAAACAUCCAUUAAGUGGGAAGGAAAUUAAAAUUGUCCGCAGGAGCUGUGGUGAUGGUAAGGAAAGGAGGUCUUCAACGGGUAAUUCUUCUGCAAAAUCCUCCUACCCAAUCCCUGAAGCCCCAGAACACCAAAGUCAGUUGGGAGAUAUGAAACUAGUAUGUACAUGUCCAGUUUGGACCGUUGAAGACACAGAAGCUCUAGAGACUAAAUUCCAAAGCGAACUUAAAGGAAAAGCCCCUAGCAAAGAAAAACACAGGGAGUUCGCUAAGCAAAAUCUUGGAAAUACUGGCCGUAGUAAUAUUUCUGGAACACCACUCUCUGAGUACUACCCUGGAACUUCCCAUCUUGGUUUUCGAUCUGCAGAAACAUUAUGUUUGCGAAUUGCCAAGAUUGCAUCAGGUUUGUAUCCAUAGCGACACAGGCAAACGCUAGAGCUACAUCUUAACAGUCACCUUAAACUGAUAUAUGCUUAUAUAUGUAAAUUUUUUAUUUUCUUUUUAAUCUCUCUUGAGCUGUCCGAUUCAAAAGUACUAUAAUUUUUGCAGUGUAACAUCCUCUGCCUGAAUUUAUUUAACAAAAAAAGGUAAUAAUAAUUAUUACUGUUGUACCCUUUGAAGCAAAGAAAUACAAAAUUAUAGGCACAUAAGGGCACCCUUCUUAACCUGCCAAAAUGUUUUAAGUGAUCAGCAAGUGAGUCAAAAAAGAUCACAACAUCAGAGGAAACUGCCAACCACACAUCAUCUUGCAUAUUUUUAGCAUGUGAGGAAAAGGGAAGACAUAAUUAGGGGGUAUUUUUAUUACAUGCCCAGGUAGAGAAACAAGGGAGUAUUACUGUUGGAAAAUAUUUUUUCAACAAAAGAAGAGAAAUUUCUUAUCCCCUAGCAGCCAUAUAAUGUUUUGUGUAUUAUUUGAACAGCUAUGAAAUACCAAAACCUUUCACUUUCCUUUUUUUUUCUGCAAAAGGUGUAAUUUUAUUCUGUACCCAUAGCAACAAUGAUCUUUAGGUGUGUUUGUGCAAAAACCUUGCCUGAUAUUUUACUGGUGAAUAAAUUCUAUACCCCAGCUCAUUAAUUAAUAUUAACAGGUCCAGUUGUGGGACAACAAAUAGCAAAAAAUAAUAUUCUGGCAUGUAGAUGCUAGUUACUUUGGCCAAAACUAAAUUGACUCUUUCUUUACUUUUUGAAGCCUUUCUCAUCAUAAAUCCACAUUUAUUUUGUUAUAGCUGUUCUUGGUAGUGAUCAGCAAUUUUUGUUAGCACUCAAAAAAGGAUUGGCCAAGUCUGUAAACGUUGAUGACAAAACAGUCAAGUUCGAUGAAGUAGGUGUUCUAGCCUUUGCAGAAAGAAUGCCUGAAAUCUUAAAAGCAGCUGGUUUUAAGGGAACUCUUUUAGAAAUCCUUUGUACAUUUUGCAAAGGUCUUGACGGUGUGUACAAAAACCUUCUCCUGACACCACAUGAAUUGACAGGUGAUGAUUAUGAAGUUCAGGCCCGCAUCCAGCUUGGGUUCCAAGCAGUGCAAAUAUUUGGAACUGCAAACAUCACUGCGUCACUAAAGCAGAUUGUUACCUAUGUUCCGUAUUAUGUGGAGAAGGCCCUUUCAGAUUCUGACAUCAUUGGUCUUCCAAUAACUCUGGCAAAUUUUAAUGACGGUAUCAUGGAGACAGCACAUAAACAAAAUAAAAAGAAUUCCUUGCUAUUUUCUGGAGGACGAAAUGGUCCCAUUUCAAAGCACCAGUAUCAAAAACAAGUCAUCCAGCAGCAAUUUGCAAAUGAAGUGUUUGAGUUAAUAUGUAGAGAAACAACUCCACAAAAGUCAUCCUCUACAAAGGUUGAAAGAAAACGACAGGCUCAAGAACAGGGAAACUAUGGGACAAAAAAAAUGGUAAUCACAUAAUUUUUUUAGUUUAAAAGUCAGACGUAAUUUUAAUCAUUUCUGAUAAAAUCAUUAAUUCCAAUAAUUCCAGGGAAAUUCAGCAAAAAAAGUAAAUCUAUCUUAUCUAAGUACACACUUGGCAUGCAAUAAUAUUCUACAAGUAUCCAGGAAGCCUAUCUUUAAUGCUAUGCUAAAACAUAUUUCCUAGAAUUUGUUGGUGGCACAUUUCCAGCUAAAAGUUGUAAGAAAUACUGAAGCAAAUUUUUAAACUAUAAGAUCUUCACUGGCAGAAAAAAAUCCACUUUCUCAUUUUAAAAAAAUAUACUUGGUGAAGAUUAAAAGCUGAAAGUUACUAUUUUUGCCAUUUCCUUUUUUACCAUAAGAAUCUGCCCUUUACUGAGAAAAUUGAAUUGAACCGUGAAGAAAAUGUACCUGAAAAAAUGGAGGAUGAAGCUCGAAACGACGAUGACAAUGAAUUCGAAAUGUACAAGGUAAGGCUAACUAUACAAGAAUUUAAGUACAAGAACAGAUACGAGACAAAAAUCAUCCUUGUUAAUUUAUUAAAAAUGUAAACACCAAGGCCUAAGCCUGGAGGAUGGAACAAAAAAUGUUGCAAUGGAGGCAUGGAGGCCUCAUUGAAAACUAAAAAUAUAAGCUUAAAUUCUAUAUUGAUCUUCAAAACCUUGUGUUACCAUAAUGCCCGAGAUACGGUUACCAGUAAGUACUAAAAGAAUGGAUACAAAUCAAAAGCGUUCAGUGACAAAUUUACUUACUUCUUUUAGGGUGUGAUAACCGAGGAUUCACCGGCACAAGGCAACGUUCCUGACAAUGUCGUGUGUAAAAGUAUAAAUGAAGUUCAGUGCUCUGAAGAAGUUAUGUUAUUAACUGACGAGCUGUGGCAGUAUGCAAAGGAUAGCUACCGAAAUAACACCAUUACCGUCAUAACAAAACAGUCAGCCAGAGAACUUCAUGAUGAUUUGCCACAGUCUUGUUUAGAAUUUCAUUUGCAGUCAAUUCAGUCAUCAUUCAUUUCAUGGGAACGUUCAGAUGCCCGAGUGAGCAAAGAAAUAUUUAAGUGCAAAGUCUUGACAGCUUCCGCUAGCCAAUGUUUUUCCGCAACCAAAGUUGAACGCGAUGAAAGCAAGAGAAUGUUAAUACACUUCACGGAUGUCAUUGGAUUAGAAGUUCGCGAGAAUUCGAUAGUGAUGGAUGUUAAGUCGAGGCCGAAGUUUGAAAAGAAGGUUCACACCAAGGACAGGGAGAACGGAAGGACAGGAGGUGGGAAAUGGACGGAGGAAAAUAUGCACGUAGAAGAAGGAGGCUCGCCAAAUAGAAUAGAACUAGUCAUGGUCGGUAGAAGAGAACCUGUAACAGCCAAGCUGCAAGAAGUACUCUCAAAAGUUCCGUCUCUAAAGAAGGCAAUAAAUCGCGGACUCGCCACAGUUUACGAUAAUAACGUGUUGUACGACCAACAAAUUCUUGAGGACCGAUAUCCUGUUCUCCAGGAUCCAACGUUAGUUAGGGCAGGACAGCUGGCUUGUUUGCGUCUAUUGACUGCACUCCCUUUGUCAAACAAAGCCGAGUUUGUUACUAAAAUGUAUGCAGGAAUAGAAAGUAAAUUUAACCAGCUCUUGCGUGAGAGAGUACAGAAGUCGAUCAAUUAA